AUGAAUUCGGCACAUGACGAGCCAGAGGCCAAAAGGAGGCGCUUAGCAAAUGGACCACCAGAUACUGAUCAGCAGCAAGAUGGUUCUUGCUCAGGCAUCAAUGGCUUCGCAUCAUGGUAUACUCCCAGCCAGCCAUCCUUUCCACUCCAUCCUCCACCUUUAACGCAGAUGACCGGGCUUCCAUUUCAGCAGACCACUCAAGCAGCUUCUUGGACGCUCCCAGUUGAGACAGAUUCCGCAUCGCAUGGAUCGCUACAUAUCGCACAGACAUGGGGCGUUGAACAAAACAUGCAGGCUCAAUCAAGCUGGGGUCGGAUGCCGUAUUUCCCUCCAACGCACUUCCCGUAUCACGCUCGUAUCUGGCAUCACCCGGCGGCAAUACUCCCUAUGCCUCGCUAUUAUCACUCUCAAGGCUUUAACCCCAUGCCAAACCAGGACUAUCCGCCCACGUCAUCCGGAAUGGCAAGGAUGACAUAUCCUACUGCUCCUGUGAUUACUCACGACGCGCCGUCGCCCGAACAUGUAUCCGAUAAUGUUCUGUCGAACGACGAAGCCGAGCUAGAUCCUGACACCACAGACACGAGAACGAUGAAGGAAAUUGUUUGUUUCGGCAUCAUCCCUCGCAUAAGUGCGAAAUGCCACCGUUCAGGCCGUUCAGAUUUUCCGCAGAAUUUCAACGUGACACUCGAUUCCGGAGAUCGAUUCACCUCAGCCGAAAAGGAUCUUGGCGUCCGUGGAACAAUCCCACCAGAGCAUGGCCAGAUGAUUCAAGGUCUCUUGGAAGGACCAUCAUUGGACCUUGAAGUUGCUUGCAGCAUCGACGCAUCAAAUAGUUCAGCCAGGUCGGACAGGUCGAUUACGCAGGCCCCUUGCUAUUUGAACAUUGCCGUGUACGGCCCUUUUGAGCUCUUCAAGAUUAUCGGGGAUUGGCUGCAGGACUACAAUGUUCACCUUCAAGAUCCAAUCAAAGUGGGCGAGCGAGAUGUCAAGUACUGCAAUCCACACCGCCUCUCAUUCGAAAGCUUUCAUUCCUGUACCUUGGUCUCUACAUGCGUCUUACAGAAUUCAAAAAUCAGUGGCAUCCAGGAGAUAGAGGAUCGCCCGGACUUUUUGGAUAUCUUGAGCAGCCAUUCGGAUCUGGACGAAGCGCCGCAGCCGAGGGCCGUUCGGACGGGUUUGCAGAGGCCAGUGAGGAAAGCUCCGGGCAUAUUAAAACAGCUGACAGUGCCUGACACUCCGACUUGCAGGUUUGUGAACAAGGUCUCCGGUGCUGUCUACUUCGAGGAGCCAGCGGCCUUCCGGGGCGGAAUCGUUGCGGAUCCAAUGGGAAUGGGGAAAACAUUAGCGAUGAUUGCCCUAGCCGCUACUGACCUAGAACCGACAAAAUACGGGACCCAUGAUAAAAACGAUGACUCAACGGAGAAGUAUCACAAUGGUGCUACGUUGAUCGUCGUUCCUCCGCCGCUCCUUGGUACCUGGCAAGAGCAACUGUGCGAGCACCUAUUCGAGGGAGAAAUGAGAUUGUCCUUACAUUAUGGAAAGGCAAAAUUGAUCAACAUGAAAGACUUGGAGGGAGUUGCCAUUGUGCUAACAACGUAUCAUACGGUGUCGGCUGAAUAUAAGAACGCCAGAAGAAAUAAGCAAUCAUCAAUAUUAUUCUCGACUCAGUGGAGAAGGGUUGUUCUAGACGAGGCGCACUUCAUCCGCAAUGAAAACAGACAAAUGACUCGGGCAAUUUGCGACCUUCAAGCACACAUUCGCUGGGCAGUUACGGGCACUCCCAUUCAAAAUCAUCUGAACGAUCUGUCGACUCUUUUGAAGUUCAUCCGGGCUUACCCCUACGACCAACCAAAGCAAUUCAAGGCUGACAUUUCUUCACCGUGGAAACUUGGCGAGGAAGAGAAGGCGAUAAGUCGUCUCAAGUACCUCUCGUCAUCUCUUAUUCUCCGGCGUCCAAAGACUACACUAUCAUUGCCACCAAGACGAGAUUUGCAAUGGCCCGUCGACUUCAGCCCCGAGGAGAGAAAGGCCUACGAAGAUGUGCGAGAUCAAGCAGUCAUGCAGAUCGAAGAGGCUCUCCAGCCCCGUCCGCAUACAUCGGCGGGUACUUCAUACGUGAAUGUACUGCAACAAAUUGAGUCGUUGAGGCUGAUCUGUAACCUCGGACUCAACUAUCGCGCAAGACACGACGACACUAGUGCGAAACCCCACGAAGAUUGGAUAUCUAUGGCGCAACGGAGUUUCAAUACUCGGCGAGAGCUUAGCCCAAUAAGCUGUCUACAUUGCUUAUCGGACAUUGGACUGGCAGAGUCUACGCUCGAUCUUUCCGACCACAAAUGCGAAGGACGCUUCUUCCGAUGUCUCAAAUUUUGCUGCGAAGAGUGUCUCGAGAAAUUACCUCGGUCGAAGCAAGAAGUCGGAUGUGGCCACAGACCUCCUUGUCCCGGAGCUACUGUGUCUCUGGUCGGCAAGGACAUCGAAGAGGCCGGCUCCCUGGAGUCUGCAAGACUACGGCCCGGCGUUGAACUUCCUUCAAAGCUCCAGGCUCUGGUGACGGAUAUCAAAUCUCUUCCUGCAACAACCAAAUGCAUUGUGUUUUCGACCUGGAGGUUGACCCUUGACCUUGUGGAAGCUGGGCUUAACCAGGAAUCCAUAGCCAAUGUGCGCUUCGACGGGAAGGUUCCUCAAAAAGAGCGCCAGGGUGUGGUCGACCGGUUCAAGAACGAUCCGAAUACUCGGGUCAUGCUCCUGACCCUAGCUUGUGGUGCAGUAGGACUCACCCUGACAGUGGCAUCACGCGCAUACCUGAUAGAGCCCCAUUGGAAUCCCACUCUCGAGGAGCAGGCACUGGCCAGAGUUCAUCGCAUAGGUCAGAAGCAGGAAGUCACCACAGUUCGAUUGUAUAUCAGAGACUCAUUUGAAGAGCAAGUCAUGAAACUUCAAACCAAGAAGAAACAGCUUGCAGGUCUGCUGCUUGCUCCGCAUGACGGUGGAGAGGCAGACGAAAAUCUGGGAGGACUACAUUACUCGGGCGUCCUCCACUUCAAGAAACUGACAUCUGGACUCAGGGUCCAAUUCGAAGGCCCUCACGACAGCCAAGCUAACGAUAGGGUGUCUCAUGAUCUUUUCGUGGACUUCGUACUUGACAAUAUCCACUCUUAUGAUGCCGUUUCUUGUCUCCCUGGAGAAUGUCCAGCCUCCCGCGGCCAGGGCUAUUUUGGCUGUCCCCUUCUCUGCCUCCAGAUCCUGGAAGGUGGUCCCUUCUGGCACGGCACUCCAGAAGGUGCGCACAAACGAUGCCAGCCUCACCACACUGGGCCACCUGUCACGGAUUUAUCUAUGGAGGAAGUCCAAAAGCGGCGGGAAUCGCGCCACAGGCUCCAGCAACGGGAUCCUGCUGGCCACACGAUAUGUGGAGGUCAGCGCCUUGACGUCGUUAGAAGGCGCAACCAGGACAAGGCCGGAGAAGAAGAUGGGCUUCGGCAACGAGGCAAUGUGGUCGACCAGCUUCGUCGUCACGGCGGUCCCGAUGGAUUGCGAUCAUAUCACAAUCCGGCUGUGAGGUAUUCCGGCUUGCUUGACGGCCCAGUCAGCCAAGGCCACAGCGUCGAGAAGAAAACCUUGCUUAGAGGGAGUACCUGUGCUGGUGCCGAAUCCGCGAUAAUAAAUGGCCACGAUGUGGAUGCGUUUCGGAGAAGCGGCGGAUAUCGCUCUAUAACUCGAUGGUGUAUAACCAGACGCCAGUGUCCCUGCAGCACUGUUCAGGCACAAAACGAGGAGACACUCUGGAUCGUCACGAAGGGGUCUGAAGCCUUGCGUUGCCGUGACAUCCCGCACAAGCCCAGAUCGCUCGGAAAUCAAGUCCUGCUCAUGUUUCCGGUACAGGGCUGGAGGGAGGAUGUCCUAGGCGUGAAGGUUCUGACUAUCUGA